GGAGACACCCGCUACACCCGCGCCGCAUCAGAGCCGCCGCCGCCUGAGAGCUCCAUCCGUCCGGCCAGAGUGAGAGGCUCCAACCCGCGCCGAACAUGACGGACGGAGAAGCCGAAGACGAGAUCCAGUUCCUGCGGACUGAUGAUGAGGUGGUCCUCCAGUGCUCGGCGACGCUCCAUAAGGAGCAGCAGAAGCUCUGUCUGGCCGCCGAGGGCUUCGGGAACAGACUGUGUUUUCUGGAGUCCACAUCAAACUCAAAGAAUGUUCCUCCAGAUCUGUCCAUCUGCACGUUCGUUCUGGAGCAGUCUCUGUCAGUGCGAGCGCUGCAGGAGAUGCUGGCCAACACCGAGGAGAGAGCAGAGGGGCUCAUAGACAUGGAGAAAUGGAAAUUCAUGAUGAAGACAGCACAAGGCGGAGGUCACCGGACGCUGCUCUAUGGUCAUGCAGUCUUACUGAGACACUCCUACAGCGGAAUGUAUCUGUGCUGUCUCUCUACGGCUCGCUCGUCCACCGACAAACUGGCUUUUGACGUGGGACUACAGGAAGACGCAACAGGUGAGGCAUGUUGGUGGACGAUCCAUCCUGCAUCCAAACAACGGUCCGAGGGUGAGAAGGUGCGGGUGGGUGAUGAUCUCAUUCUGGUCAGUGUGUCUUCUGAACGUUACCUGCACUUGUCGUAUGGGAACGGCAGUUUACACGUGGACGCAGCUUUCCAGCAGACGCUCUGGAGUGUGGUGCCCAUCUGCUCGGGGAGUGAAGUGGCUCAGGGCUUCCUGAUUGGUGGAGAUGUUUUACGACUGCUGCAUGGUCACAUGGACGAGUGUUUGACCGUCCCAUCUGGAGAACAUGGAGAGGAACAGCGCAGGACGGUGCAUUAUGAAGGUGGAGCAGUGUCCAUCCAUGCCAGAUCCCUCUGGAGGCUGGAGACGCUUCGAGUCGCGUGGAGUGGCAGUCAUAUCCGCUGGGGUCAACCGUUCCGCCUGCGUCACGUGACCACCGGCAAAUAUCUCAGCAUGAUGGACGAUCAAGGGCUCCUGUUAAUGGACAAGGAGAAAGCGGAUGUUAAAUCCACGGCUUUCUGCUUCCGCUCCUCAAAAGAGAAGCUGGACUUCGGCCUCAGGAAAGAGAUGGACGGUAUGGGCGUCCCGGACAUCAAAUACGGUGACUCUGUCUGUUACAUCCAGCACGUGGAUGCUGGACUCUGGCUCACCUACCAGUCUGUGGAUGCCAAGUGUGCUCGCAUGGGUGGCGUUCAGAGGAAGGCCAUCAUGCAUCACGAGGGUCACAUGGAUGAUGGUUUGACGCUCUCACGAUCACAACACGAGGAGUCGCGCACUGCUAGAGUCAUUCGCAGCACCGUUUUCCUCUUCAAUCGCUUCAUCAGGGGUUUGGACACUCUCAGUAAAAAGGGAAAGACAUCCACCCUCGAUCUGCCCAUCGAGUCGGUCAGUCUGAGUCUUCAGGAUCUGAUUGGGUAUUUCCAGCCACCCGAUGAACAUCUGGAGCACGAGGACAAGCAGAACCGUCUGCGAGCACUCAAGAGCAGACAGAACCUUUUCCAGGAGGAGGGAAUGAUCAACCUGGUGCUGGAGUGUAUCGAUCGUUUGCAUGUGUACAGCAGCGCGGCUCAUUUUGCAGAUGUAGCUGGUAAAGAGGCUGGAGAAUCCUGGAAGUCCAUCCUGAACUCCCUCUACGAGCUCCUGGCUGCUCUGAUCAGAGGAAACAGGAAGAACUGCGCCCAGUUCUCCGGCUCUCUGGAUUGGCUGAUCAGUCGUCUGGAGAGGUUGGAAGCGUCGUCUGGGAUUCUGGAGGUUCUGCAUUGCGUUCUGGUGGAGAGUCCAGAAGCUCUGAACAUUAUUAAAGAAGGACACAUCAAAUCCAUCAUCUCACUGCUGGACAAACACGGACGCAACCACAAGGUUCUGGAUGUCCUGUGUUCUCUGUGUGUGUGUCACGGGGUGGCCGUCCGCUCCAAUCAGCACCUGAUCUGUGAUAAUCUGCUGCCCGGCAGAGACCUGCUGCUUCAGACGCGCCUCGUUAAUCACGUCAGCAGCAUGAGGCCCAAUAUCUUCCUGGGUGUGAGCGAAGGCUCCGCGCAGUACAAGAAGUGGUAUUAUGAGCUGAUCGUGGACCAUGUGGAUCCGUUCGUGACGGCUGAAGCCACGCACCUGCGAGUGGGCUGGGCGUCCACUCAGGGCUACGGGCCAUAUCCGGGUGGAGGAGAGGGAUGGGGCGGCAACGGCGUGGGGGAUGAUCUCUACUCAUACGGCUUUGAUGGACUGCACCUUUGGGCAGGCUGUGUGGCGCGGUCAGUCAGCUCACCCAAUCAGCACCUGCUGCGGGCCGAGGAUGUGGUGAGCUGCUGUCUGGACCUCAGCGCUCCCAGCAUCUCCUUCCGCAUCAACGGCCAGCCGGUGCAGGGAAUGUUCGAGAACUUCAACUCGGAUGGACUCUUCUUCCCAGUCGUCUCCUUUUCUGCUGGAGUCAAAGUUCGCUUCUUGUUGGGUGGUCGUCAUGGUGAGUUCAAGUUCCUGCCUCCGUCCGGUUACGCCCCGUGUUUCGAGGCUGUUUUACCACGAGAGAAGCUGAGAGUGGAGCACAGCCAGGAGUACAAGCAGGACCAUGGCAACACACGGGACCUUCUCGGACCCACGGUCACACUCUCACAGGCAGCCUUCACUCCAACACCUGUGGACACCAGUCAGAUUGUUUUGCCGCCACAUCUUGAGCGGAUCCGAGAAAAACUGGCCGAAAACAUCCAUGAGCUGUGGGUGAUGAACAAGAUAGAUCUGGGCUGGACUUACGGAGCUGUGAGAGAUGACAACAAACGUCAGCAUCCGUGUCUGGUGGAGUUUUCCAGACUUCCCGAACAAGAGCGCAGCUACAACCUACAGAUGUCUCAGGAGACGCUCAAGACUCUUCUGGCACUGGGAUGUCACGUCGGAGUGGCAGACGAACGAGCGGCAGAAAAAGUCAAAAAUCUCAAGCUUUCAGCAAAAUAUGAGCUCUCUAGUGGGUAUAAACCUGCACCGAUGGACCUGUGCCACAUCAAACUGGCGUCUACCCAGGAGGCCAUGGUGGACAAGCUGGCAGAGAACGCUCACAAUGUCUGGGCCAGAGACCGCAUACGACAGGGCUGGACGUACGGCAUACAGCAGGACAUUAAGAACAAGAGAAACCCUCGUCUCGUUCCUUACGUUCUUCUGGAUGAGAGAACCAAGAAGUCUAAUAAGGACAGUCUGCGGGAAGCCGUUAGGACACUGUUGGGUUACGGAUACAACCUAGAGGCUCCAGAUCAAGAUCACGCUCGAGAGGAUGUAGGUAAUCUGUCAGCAGAGCGUUUCCGGAUAUUCCGUGCAGAAAAGACGUACUGUGUGAAUGGAGGGAAGUGGUACUUUGAGCUGGAGGUGGUGACGGCGGGCGAGAUGCGGGUGGGCUGGGCGAGACCCGGCUGUCUGCCAGACCAGGAGCUCGGAGCAGACGAACAGGCCUUCGUAUUCGAUGGAUUCAAGGCGCAGCGCUGGCAUCAGGGAAACGAGCACUUCGGCCGCUCCUGGCAGUCUGGAGAUGUGGUGGGCUGCAUGGUGGACAUGAACGAACGCACCAUGAUGUUCACACUGAACGGAGAAGUGCUGCUCGACGACUCCGGCUCUGAGCUGGCCUUUAAAGACUUUGAGGUGUGGGAAGGCUUCAUCCCGGUCUGCAGUCUGGGGGUCAGUCAGGUGGGCCGCAUGAACUUUGGGAAGGACGUGAGCACGCUGAAGUACUUCACCAUCUGCGGCCUGCAGGAGGGAUACGAGCCCUUCGCUGUCAACAUGAACCGAGAUCUGACCAUGUGGAUCAGCAAACGCCUGCCGCAGUUCACCCCUGUCCCGCUCAUCCACGAGCACAUAGAGGUCACACGGAUCGACGGGACGGUGGAGAGCCCGCCGUGCCUAAAGGUCACCCAGAGGUCAUUCGGCUCACAGAACAGUCACACAGACAUCAUGUUUUACCGGCUCAGCAUGCCCAUCGAGUGCUCGGAGGCGUUCGCCCGCUCGCCUGGUGGGACGCUAGCAGCCAACGGCAGCUUCUUCUCCCCUAAGAGAGACCUGGAGGAUUUUGAGACGGUGUCGGAUUUUGAGGUCCUUAUGAAAACACCACACAGCCACAUGAGCUCCAACGGACCAGACAGAGAACGGGACGAAUUCAACAACCACAAAGAUCAUAACCAGGAGAAGCCAUCCAAAAUCAAACAGAGGUUCAUGUUGAAAAGAACGAAGCCGGACAUGAACAGCAGCAGCUCCAGCGCUCGUCUGUCAGAGGAGGUUUUGGCUGAUGAGAAAGACGACUGUGAGAAUCUUAUACAAACAUCAACGUAUUAUUACUCAGUGAGGAUCUUCCCCGGGCAGGAGCCCUCCAGUGUCUGGGUCGGAUGGGUGACCUCAGACUUUCACCAAUACGACACUGCAUUCGAGAUCAGCAAUGUCCGGACGGUCACUGUGACCCUGGGGGACGAGAAGGGCAAAGUUCACGAGAGCAUCAAGCGCAGUAACUGUUAUAUGGUGUGGGCCGGCGAGUGCACUAGUCCCGGUCAGGGUCGCAGUAAUAACGGGCUGGAGAUCGGCUGUCUGGUCGAUACGGCUAACGGCCUCCUCACCUUCACCUCUAACGGCAAAGAGCUCAGCACUUACUACCAGGUGGAGCCCAGUACUAAACUCUUCCCUGCAGUGUUUGCGCAGGCCACCAGUCCAAACGUCUUCCAGUUCGAACUGGGUCGCAUCAAGAGCAUCAUGCCGCUCUCUGCUGGACUGUUUAAGAGCGAGCGUAAGAAUGUGGUUCCUCAGUGUCCGCCGAGACUACAUGUGCAGUUCCUCACACCGGUGCUGUGGAGCCGUGUGCCCAAUCAGUUCCUGAGGUCAGAGGUCACUAGGGUCAAUGAGAGACUGGGUUGGAUGGUGCAGAGUUUAGAACCACUGCAGUUCAUGACCCUCCAUAUACCCGAGGAGAACAGGUCUGUGGAUAUUCUGGAGCUGACGGAGCAGCAAGAUCUUCUGAAGUUCCACUAUCACACACUGCGCUUAUAUUCGGCUAUCUGCGCGCUGGGAAAUAACCGUGUGGCUCACGCGCUCUGCAGUCACGUAGACGAGGCGCAGCUCCUCUACGCCAUCCAGAACAAAUACAUGCCCGGCCUGCUGCGCACCGGAUACUACGACCUGCUGAUCGACAUCCACCUGAGCAGCUACGCCACCGCACGCCUCAUGAUGAACUCCGAGUACAUCGUCCCCAUGACGCCCGAAACCAAGAGCAUCACACUGUUCCCUAAUGAGAAGAAGAAACACGGUCUGCCGGGUAUCGGUCUGAGCACAUCUCUGCAGCCACGCAUGCGCUUCUCCUCUCCCAGUUUUGUAGGUUUUAAUGGCAGUGGAGGUGUCGACUGUUUCCAGUACAGCCCUGAGUUUCCUCUGGAGACGCUGAAGAGUCGUACGAUGGAGAUGCUGACGGAGGCAGUGCGAGAGGGCAGUCUGCAUGUGCGGGAUCCAGUAGGGGGCAGCACUGAGUUCCUGUUCGUCCCGCUCAUUAAACUCUUCUACACGCUGCUCAUCAUGGGCAUCUUCCACAACGGAGACCUGAAGACCAUCCUGCAGCUGAUCGAGCCUAGUGUAUUCUCGCAGGACUCUGGAGCCGAUGGUGGAGGCGGGUCGGUGGGGGAUGGGUGUGGGCGGGGCCAAUUGGAAGGGGGCGUGGUCGAUGAUGGCCUGAGAGGAAAGAUGCCCAAAGAAGGACUUUUACAGAUGAAGCUUCCUGAGCCUGUCAAACUCCAGAUGUGUCACCUGCUCCAGUACCUGUGUGACUGUCAGGUUCGUCACCGUAUCGAGGCCGUGGUCGCGUUCUCUGACGACUUUGUGGCGAAUCUUCAGGAGAACCAGCGUUUCCGCUAUAACGAAGUGAUGCAGGCGUUAAACAUGUCCGCCGCUCUGACGGCACGCAAAACCAAAGAGUUCCGCUCUCCUCCACAGGAACAGAUCAACAUGCUGCUGAAUUUUAAGGAUGAGAAGCAGGAUUGUCCGUGUCCUGAAGACAUCCGUGAACAACUGCUGGAUUUCCAUGAAGAUCUCAUGACACACUGUGGCAUUGAGACUGAUGAUGAUAAAUCAGGAGAUGGAGACAGCGAUUUCACCAUCAGAGGUCGUCUGAUGUCUCUGGUGGAGAAGGUGACGUACCUGAAGAAGAAAAUGACAGAUCUUCCAAAGAAGAAGAAGUCAAAGAAGCCCAGUACACUCCAGCAGCUGAUCUCUGAGACGAUGGUCCGCUGGGCUCAGGAGUCUGUCAUCGAGGACCCAGAGCUGGUUCGGGCCAUGUUCGUGCUGCUCCACCGGCAGUAUGACGGCAUUGGGGGUCAGGUGCGAGCGCUGCCCAAAACCUACACAAUCAACGCUGUUUCUGUGGAGGACACCAUCAGCCUGCUGGCGUCUCUGGGUCAGAUUCGCUCGCUGCUCAGUGUCAGGAUGGGCCGCGAGGAGGAGAAACUCAUGAUCCAUGGGCUCAGUGACAUCAUGAAUAAUAAGGUGUUUUACCAGCAUCCAAACCUGAUGCGGGCACUGGGCAUGCAUGAGACUGUCAUGGAGGUGAUGGUGAACGUUCUGGGUGGAGGAGAGUCUAAGGAGAUCACGUUUCCUAAGAUGGUGGCGAACUGCUGCCGGUUCCUGUGCUACUUCUGUCGGAUCAGCCGUCAGAAUCAGAAGGCCAUGUUCGAUCAUCUGAGUUACCUGCUGGAGAACAGCAGCGUGGGCCUCGCGUCUCCAUCGAUGAGAGGCUCCACUCCGCUGGAUGUGGCCGCUGCGUCUGUGAUGGACAAUAAUGAACUGGCUCUGGCGCUGAGAGAACCAGACCUCGAGAAGGUGGUGCAGUAUCUGGCCGGCUGUGGUCUUCAGAGCUGUGUGAUGCUGAUGUCUAAAGGAUAUCCCGACAUCGGCUGGAAUCCGGUGGAGGGUGAACGAUACCUGGACUUCCUUCGAUUCGCUGUAUUCUGUAACGGCGAGAGUGUGGAGGAGAAUGCUAAUGUGGUGGUGCGGCUCCUGAUUCGCCGGCCGGAGUGUUUUGGCCCCGCCCUGCGUGGAGAAGGUGGAAACGGCCUGCUGGCGGCCAUUGAGGAAGCCAUAAAGAUCUCUGAGGAUCCCAGCAGAGACGGACCAUCGCCAACCACAGAGGAGAGCAGGACGCUGAAUGAUGUGAUGGAGGAAGAGGAAGACGACACCAUUCACAUGGGAAACGCCAUCAUGACCUUCUAUGCUGCCCUGAUCGACCUGUUGGGCCGCUGCGCUCCAGAGAUGCAUCUGAUUCACGCAGGAAAGGGAGAAGCCAUCCGUAUCCGAGCCAUCCUGCGCUCUCUGAUUCCUAUUGAGGAUCUGGUGGGAGUGAUCAGCAUCCCGUUCCUGAUGCCCACGCUGGCUAAAGACGGCUCUGUGAUCGAGCCUGACAUGUCAGCAGGAUUCUGUCCUGAUCACAAAGCAGCCAUGGUUCUGUUUCUGGACCGGGUUUACGGCAUCGAAGACCAGAACUUCCUCCUGCACCUCCUGGAAGUGGGUUUCCUGCCUGACCUCAGAGCCGCCGCCUCAUUGGACACGGCGGCUCUGAGUGCCACAGACAUGGCGUUGGCUCUGAACCGGUAUCUGUGUACAGCCGUGCUGCCGCUGCUCACUAAAUGUGCUCCUCUGUUUGCGGGAACGGAACCGUUCGCAUCUCUCAUCGACUCUCUGCUGCACACCGUCUACCGGCUGUCCAAAGGCUGCUGUCUCACCAAAGCUCAGAGAGACGCCAUCGAGGAGUGUCUGCUGGCCGUCUGCGGGAAACUGCGUCCGUCGAUGAUGCAGCAUCUGUUGAGGCGUCUGGUGUUUGACGUUCCUGUGCUCAAUGAACACACUAAGAUGCCUCUGAAGCUCCUGACCAAUCACUACGAGCGCUGCUGGAAGUAUUACUGCCUGUCUGGUGGAUGGGGGAGCUUUGGAGCCGCGUCAGAGGAGGAGCUGCAUCUGUCCAGAAAACUCUUCUGGGGAAUUUUUGACGCUCUGGCCAGAAAGAAGUAUGACCCAGAGUUGUUUAAGCUGGCAUUGCCGUGUCUGAGUGCCGUUGGUGGAGCUUUACCUCCAGAUUACAUGGAGUCAAACUACGUGGCCAUGAUGGAGAAACAGUCAUCGAUGGAUGCAGAGGGAAACUUCAACCCGCAGCCAGCCGACACCAGCAGUGUUGUUGUUCCUGAGAAACUCGAUCAUUUCAUCAAUAAGUACGCUGAAUAUUCCCAUGAGAAAUGGUCCAUGGAGAAGUUUGCGGUCGGCUGGGUUCAUGGAGAGCAGAUGUGUGAAUCAUCAAAAGUUCAUCCACUGCUUAAGCCUUACAAAUGUCUGUCUGAGAAGGAUAAGGAGGUUUACCGAUGGCCAAUCAGAGAGAGUCUGAAGACGAUGCUGUCUUGGGGUUGGAGCAUCGAGCGGAUGAGAGAGAGUGAUGCGUCGACCCUUCACAACCGCACACGCCGGAUCUCACUGUCCAGUCAGCGCUCCAUAGAGGGAGCUCAUGGCUUCAGCCCACGGCCUGUAGACAUGAGCAACGUCACGCUGUCCAGAGACCUGCACUCGAUGGCGGAGCUGCUGGCUGAGAACUACCACAACAUUUGGGCUCAGAAGAAAAAGCUGGAGCUGGAAUCCAAAGGAGGAGGAAGUCAUCCAUUGCUGGUUCCUUAUGACACUUUAACUGCCAAAGAGAAAUCCAAAGAUAGAGAGAAAGCACAAGACAUCCUCAAGUUCUUUCAGAUCAACGGAUACAGCGUUUCAAGGGCUAUGAAAGAACAGGAUCUGGACACUCCGUCCAUAGAGAAGCGCUUCGCCUACACGUUUCUGCAGCAGCUGAUCACGUAUGUGGAUGAAGCUCACGGACACAUGCUGGAGUUUGAUGCAGGAAUACGACCAAAAGGAGAGAAAAUCCCUCAUGAGCAGCAGAUUAAGUUCUUCGGGAAGGUUGUUCUGCCACUAGUGGAUCAGUACUUCAAGAACCACCGGCUGUACUUCCUGUCCACUGCGGUUCGACCAAUCAGCAGCGGCGGCCACGCCUCCAAUAAAGAGAAAGAGAUGGUGACCAGCCUGUUCUGUAAGCUGGGUGUGCUGGUGCGACACCGGAUCUCAUUGUUUGGAAAUGAUGCCACGUCUAUCGUCAACUGCCUGCACAUCCUGGGACAGACGCUGGAUGCCAGGACUGUGAUGAAGACGGGUCAGGACUCGGUCAAAGCGGCUCUCAGGGCCUUCUUUGAUAAUGCAGCAGAGGAUCUGGAGAAGACGAUGGAGAACCUGCGCCAGGGUCAGUUCACGCACACACGCAGUCAACCCAAAGGAGUCACGCAGAUCAUCAACUACACCACCGUGGCUCUGCUGCCGGUGCUCUCCUCGCUCUUCGAGCACAUCGGACAGAACCUGUUUGGAGAGGAUCUGAUACUGGAUGAUGUCCAGGUCUCCUGCUAUCGCAUAUUGAACAACUUGUACUCGCUCGGAACCAGUAAAAGUAUUUAUGUUGAGAGGCAGCGUCCAGCCAUCGGCGAGUGUUUGGCUGCAUUCUCCAGCGCAUUUCCUGUGGCUUUCCUGGAGCCCAGUCUGAACAAGCACAACACAUACUCCAUAUACAACUGUAAAGGGUCCCGGGAGAGAGCAGGUGAUCUGAUUCCUGAUGAUCUGAUUUCUGAUGAUCUGAUUCCUGAUGAUAUGAUUCCUAAAGAUCUAAUUCCAGGUGAUCUGAUUCCUGAUGAUCUGAUUCCUGGUGAUAUGAUUCCUGGUGAUCUGAAUUAUGAUCAUUUAAUUCCCGAUUUUUACCCUAUUUCUAAUGAUCACAUUCUGCACAGGGCAGUGAAUUUGUUCCUGCAGGGUUAUGAGAAGUCCUGGAUUGAGACCGAAGAGCAUUACUUCGAGGACAAGCUGAUUGAGGAUUUAGCUAAACCAGGUGUAGAGGAGCCACCAGAAGAGGAUGAGAUGACCAAAAACAUUGACCCGUUACACCAGCUCAUUCAGCUGUUCAGCCGGACCGCACUGACCGAGAAAUGUAAACUAGAGGAGGAUCAUCUCUACAUGGCUUACGCUGAUAUCAUGGCCAAAAGCUGCCAUGAUGAAGAGGAAGAGGACGAGGUGAAGAGUUUUGAGGAGAAGGAGAUGGAGAAGCAGAAGCUGCUGUAUCAGCAGGCCAGACUUCACGACCGCGGAGCUGCUGAGAUGGUGCUGCAGACCAUCAGCGCCAGCAAAGGAGAGAUGGGGCCGAUGGUGGCCUCCACGCUGAAGCUGGGAAUCGCCAUCCUCAACGGGGGAAACUCAACCGUUCAGCAGAAAAUGCUGGACUACCUGAAGGACAAGCGUGAUGUGGGCUUCUUCCAGAGUCUGGCGGGUCUGAUGCAGUCAUGCAGGUGAAAAGGUCAUGCAAGAUGACGAAUUCACCUGUGACCUCUUCCGCUUCCUGCAGCUGCUCUGUGAGGGACACAAUUCAGAUUUUCAGAACUACCUGCGAACGCAGACGGGUAACAACACCACGGUCAAUAUCAUCAUCUCCACGGUGGAUUAUCUGCUCAGAGUCCAGGAAUCCAUCAGUGAUUUCUACUGGUACUACUCUGGGAAAGACGUCAUUGACGAACAAGGACAACGCAAUUUCUCCAAAGCAAUCAAUGUAGCCAAACAAGUCUUCAACACUCUUACAGAGUACAUUCAGGGUCCCUGCACCGGGAAUCAGCAGAGUCUGGCUCACAGUCGCCUGUGGGAUGCGGUUGUUGGUUUCCUGCAUGUUUUUGCACAUAUGCAGAUGAAGCUCUCUCAGGACUCAAGCCAAAUCGAGCUACUGAAGGAGCUGAUGGAUCUUCAGAAGGACAUGGUCGUGAUGCUUUUGUCCAUGUUGGAAGGAAAUGUUGUGAAUGGCACUAUUGGCAAGCAGAUGGUGGACAUGUUAGUGGAGUCCUCGAAUAACGUGGAGAUGAUCCUGAAGUUCUUUGACAUGUUCCUCAAACUAAAAGACCUGACGUCGUCGGACGCCUUCAAAGAGUACGACCCCGAUGGCAAAGGCGUCAUUUCCAAACGAGAUUUCCACAAGGCAAUGGAGAGCCAUAAGCACUACACCCAAUCCGAGACGGAGUUCCUGCUCUCCUGUGCGGAAACAGAUGAGAAUGAGCUCUUAGACUACGAAGAGUUCGUCGAACGAUUUCACGAACCGGCGAAGGAUAUCGGUUUUAACGUGGCAGUUCUUCUAACCAAUCUCUCAGAGCACAUGCCGCAUGAUUCUCGCCUCCAAACGUUCCUGGAGUUGGCGGAGAGCGUGCUGAAUUAUUUCCAGCCCUAUCUAGGGCGCAUCGAGAUCAUGGGCAGCGCCAAGAGAAUCGAGCGAGUGUACUUCGAGAUUAGCGAAUCGAGUCGCACACAAUGGGAAAAACCCCAAGUCAAAGAGUCUAAGCGACAGUUCAUCUUUGAUGUGGUCAAUGAAGGCGGUGAAAAGGAGAAAAUGGAGCUCUUCGUGAACUUCUGUGAAGACACCAUCUUUGAGAUGCAGUUAGCAGCGCGGAUGUCUGACGCCGGUGAACGAUCCGCUAGCAAAGAGGACAGCGAGAGGGAGAAACCUGAAGAGGAGACUCCAGAAAUGGGCUUCUUCUCCAUCACCACUGUGAGAACGGCUCUGUUUGCGCUACGUUACAAUGUGAUGCUGUUAAUGAAAGUGCUGUCCAUGAAAAGUCUGAAGAAACAAGUGAAGAAGGCCAAGAAGAUGACUGUGAAGGACAUGGUGACCACUCUGGUGUCCUUCUACUGGAGUGUCCUACUCGGCCUGCUGCACUUUGCAUUCAGUGUUGCGCGAGGGUUUUUCAGGAUCAUAUACAACAGCUUUCUUGGAGGGAGUCUCGUAGAGGGAGCAAAGACCAUGAAGGUGUCGGAGCUCCUGGCCAACAUGCCUGACCCGACACAAGAUGAGGUGAGAGGAGAGAUGGAAGAUGGCGAGAAGAAACCUGUGGAUAAAACUUCACCUGAGGAAGACCUGGCCGACCUGACUGUAGCCACCGAUGAAACAGAUCUGCUGUCUGAUAUCUUUGGUCUGGAUCUGAAGAGAGAAGGAGGACAGUAUAAGCUGAUGCCUCACAAUCCCAACGCCAGCCUGACGGAUCUGCUCAACACACCCGUCCCUCCGCCACCCACACCCUCACCUGAACUCCGCAGACGACACCAUACGAAGGGCUCUUCCUCUUCAACGGACAACAAUGAUGCUGCAGAGGAGACCAAAUCAGUGCCUGAGAAAGCGGAAGGUGAAAAUGUAGAGAAAGCACAGAAGAAGAAGGAGGAAGCGGUGAAGCGGAAGGUCAGACAGCACUAUGAGCCGGAUCUACAGGAGUCGGCCUUCUGGAAGAAGAUCAUCGCUUACCAACGCAAGCUGCUGAACUAUUUUGCACGAAAUUUCUACAACAUGAGAAUGUUGGCGUUGUUUGUGGCCUUUGCGAUUAACUUCAUUCUGCUGUUUUACAAGGUAUCCACAUCCUCUGCCGUGACGGAGGGGAAGGAGGUGUUGUUCAGCGCGUCCUCAGACACCAGCGUGCAAUGGGAUCCUCUGAGCGGCUCCAGCUCUCGGCCCGUCACUGUUCACUUUGUGCUGGAGGAGAGCAGCGGCUACAUGGAGCCCACGCUGAGGAUCCUUGCCAUCCUGCACACCGUCAUCUCCUUCUUCUGCAUCAUCGGCUACUACUGCUUAAAGGUUCCUCUGGUGAUUUUCAAGCGUGAGAAGGAAGUGGCCAGGAAGCUGGAGUUUGACGGCCUGUACAUCACUGAACAGCCGUCAGAAGAUGAUAUUAAAGGCCAGUGGGACCGACUGGUCAUCAACACACACUGGUCCUGACGGUGGGUCUGCUGGCGGUUGUAGUCUAUCUCUACACUGUAGUGGCUUUUAACUUCUUCCGCAAGUUCUACAAUAAGAGUGAAGAUGGAGAAUCGCCAGACAUGAAGUGUGACGACAUGCUAACGUGCUACAUGUUUCACAUGUAUGUGGGCGUUCGUGCCGGUGGAGGCAUCGGGGAUCAGAUUGAAGAUCCAGCCGGAGACGAGUACGAGAUCUACCGCAUCAUCUUCGACAUCACCUUCUUCUUCUUCGUCAUCGUCAUUCUCCUGGCCAUCAUUCAGGGUCUGAUCAUAGACGCGUUUGGUGAACUGAGGGACCAGCAAGAGCAGGUGAAAGAGGACAUGGAGACGAAGUGCUUCAUCUGUGGAAUCGGGAACGAUUAUUUCGACACUGUUCCUCAUGGCUUCGAGACGCACACACUGCAGGAACACAACCUGGCCAACUAUCUAUUUUUCUUCAUGUAUCUCAUCAACAAGGAUGAAACAGAGCACACAGGCCAGGAGUCGUACGUUUGGAAAAUGUACCAGGAACGCUGCUGGGAAUUCUUUCCUGCUGGCGACUGUUUCCGGAAACAAUACGAGGACCAGCUCAAUUAGAAACAAGUGCACACACACAUACAGACACACGUACACACACACACAUACAGUACAUACACUGGAUGGCAGAAUCUCUUCAGUCAAACCACUGACACACAGUGAAUGUGUGAAGUUUUCAAUCUGCGUCUGAAGAGCGUCACUUUCUGCCGUGCAGCGCUUCUUCAUUUCAUUAUGAACUAUUAGAGACGUACUAAAGAGGAGGGGAGCGGGUCGUCGGGACGCAGACGGACUCAUCCGGAUGAACGAUGCACGUUUUUUUGUUGUUUUAGAUGGGGAUCCGGUGCCUUAUGCAAGAUGAAGAUGAGCCGGAGCGAGCGCUGGAACCCCUCAGGACUCUCCUCGGCUGCUCCGUUUCUUUGCGUUUCUUUCUUUUCACUACUUUUAAUAAUGCACCCAUGCAGAGUUACUCUUUAUAUAGAAGAAUAUUCUCCGGAAAGUUCUUUCAUUGCAUGUUUAUUAUGCAAGUUUAAGGAUAACCUUUAAAACGUAACCACGCAAGCUGAUCUAUAUCACACGCAGUUUUUUAGGUUUAAGAACAUUUAAGCUGUCCGACUGCAGUAUUACUGUACAUCACAGACUUUUCCUGCUUCAUUCCAGUCAACAAUUGGUCCAAAAUCGCAUUGGCACUAGAUUUAGUUUGACACCGAAGCAAUACUCAUUGGAAGCGCGGGAUCCUCCCACUACAGAGACUACAUGCUUAAUAAUGCACAGACUUUACCGGAGCGGAUUGGCCAGCUCACAUGACGGACAUUUCCCAUCCUUCAGGAAACCACUGCACUUUCUUUCAUAGCCAUGACAAAGACCAGAUGCUUUUCCUAUUUGUUAUAUACGAAAAAACAAUGUGAAUCAUUGCAAUAACAACAAAUGGGCUAAAAAGAACCAGCCGCAACUAUGUGAGAGAAAUUUUACUCAUGUAGAGAAUUUUGAUAACAAAAAAAACCUCAUCGGAAAAUAACCUGUAAGACUUUAGUGUACCGUGUAGCGUUGUGCGCAUAUAACUGUGUGUGAUCUGUAAAGGGAACUCAAAGACCUGCAUGAUUUUGACAAAUAAAGCCAUUAUUUAUUGAUGCU